UUAAUUUCUAACCAGCGAAUAUUCUUUGUCUCUCUCUCUUUUCAUUCAAGAUAGAAGAGAGAGAGAGAGAGAGAGAGGAGGAGACCAAACAACAAAGAACAAAGAAGAAGAAGAAGAAGAAGUGCCCCUGAAGGCAGAGAAAAACUAGCGUAAUUAUUUUCUCGAGUUUUUCUCUGUUUGUUUCCCGAGAAAAUAAAAAAGGAAAAAGAAAAGGGGGGAAAAAGAAUUAGUGGAGGGACGUAUGGAGAAGAAUAUAAGAGAGAAUGGGAAUGAUGGGGACGUGAAGAAGGAUGUUGUUGCAGUGGGAUCUGACAAUAAGUUUCCAUUGAGCUUUUGGGAGGUCACGGUGGCUUCUUCGGUUGUUUUGGGCUUCUUGUUGGGCCUCCUUGGUGUGUACCUAACCAUGCCUGAUUCCGAUUACAGCUUCCUCAAGCUCCCACGUAACCUUGAAGAUCUUCAAAUCCUCAGAAAUCACCUUGAGAGCUACACUAGUGACUACACUGCACAGGUCUUGGUGGGGUAUUGUGUGGUUUACAUUUUCAUGCAAACAUUCAUGAUUCCGGGCACUGUGUUCAUGUCACUGCUGGCGGGAUCCCUUUUUGGAGUUCUGAAAGGUGUAGCUCUGGUUGUUUUCACUGCCACGGCUGGAGCUUCUUCUUGCUACUUCUUGUCAAAGAUGAUUGGUCGGCCUCUUGUCUUCUCACUGUGGCCUGACAAGCUGAAUUUCUUUCAAUCACAGGUUGCUAAAAGAAGAAAACGCCUGUUGAACUACAUGCUUUUCCUGAGACUAACUCCAACGUUGCCAAAUACGUUUAUCAAUGUUGCUUCGCCAAUUGUUGAUGUGCCAUAUCAUAUUUUCUUCCUGGGAACAGUUAUUGGUCUCAUACCUGCUGCUUAUGUCACUGUCAGGGCUGGUAUAGCUCUUGGAGAGUUGCAAUCCCUUGGAGAUCUGUAUGACUUCAACUCAAUGGCUACAUUGUUCCUUAUUGGAAUUGUGUCGGUCACCCCCACAUUGGUGAGCAAGAGCAAGUCAUAGGAUCAAGGCAACACUAGGCUGGCUGAACUUGCUUGGCGUACAUGGGUCCUUGUUAUUUGGGCAGCCGUUCAAUACCACCUCAUUCCUGUACAGAUCAGCAUCCAAUAGUUGGAAAAAAAUUGUAUACGGCUGUCUGUGUGUUUACCAUUCAUUGCUGGCCAUCGGAGAGGGCUUACAUAAGGGUGGUUGGGGGAUGUUAAAAGAAAACUUAGGUUUCGGGCUCUCUGUAUUAGGCGGGGUUUGUCUUAUAAUCUUAUUCCUUGUAUAGGCUUUAUUCUUAUGCUUGUAGUUUUCUACUCAACAUUUGUAUAAUUGUAUUGUUGAAACCAAUUCAUAUUUGAUAAUGCUAACGAAAUGGCACAUUAUACGUGUCUUUGAACUCAA